AGUGAGCAUUGCCACCAAAGCAAGUGGCAUGAUGUGAAGGAAUUUGGAUCGUCCGAACUUUGAACAUACAAAUAGUCAUACAGUCAUACACUAUACGCGCGAUGCAUUACACAUCACAUGCAGUGAGAUAAGCUCGAGAUAGUCAUUCGAUUAGUUGUGCACAUCUGCAGUAUUGUGUUGAACCUGAUUCGUUUCACGCUUUCUACCAACGAUCUGUGAUUCUUGCGAGUAGAAUUUUUUGUUUUUCAAGAAAUAACAAAAUUCUUGAACGAGAGGAACGUGAAUCACCUCUUCGUGUGUGCAUGCGUUCAUUCUUUCUUUCUGCUUAUUCGAAUUCAUUCUGACGUACAGUCAGUCUCUGUUCGCACGUACCACGCACCAAAAUCAUUUAUUUAUCAGGAACCGAAUCGGAAAACGUGAACGUCGAGCGAAACGACGCUCGGCUAGUUAAGUGCAAAGGGAUGCCAUCAAAAUGGGUUUGUAUAAUCCUUAAUCUGAUAGUUUGUGUAAUUGCAUCUGAGGAAGACGAGGCUACUAGAGCCUACAUAAAAAUAACCGAAUUCGAUUACGAGGAUACUUGCCUGAGCACAGCCGAAGCGCAAUGGGAAUUCAUUAAUUCACCAUCGAAUGAAAAAUUAUCAGCAUGGGAAGAGAAAUUAAUAUCUUAUGCCGCUUUCAAGAACACAGAAAAAAACAUAAUAGCAAACAUUUCAAGAGCUGAUAUCAACGAUGAAUCUUUACAAUACAAGUACGAUGUUGCUGAAAAAAUAGGUGAUGCUCUAUUGGAUAUUGAAGAUUUUAAAACACUUGUUCAUUUUUCCGGGAUCACAGAAUUGAUGAGAUUAUCUACAAUUCACAAAGGAAUUUUGAAUGGUUACACGAAACAAGAUGUAGAACGUAUAUUGUCUCGUGAUAGCAAUAUUAGAAAUAGGAGCACUGUUUGGACAACAUGGCAUCAACAACUAGCCCCACUAGUUAAUAAUUUUUCAACUAUCUUAACAUUUGCUGAUAAAGCUGCCAAAGAAAAUGGUGCCAAAGAUGUUUCAGAAUAUUGGGAACUCUUAAGUGGAUAUAGCGAUGGUUAUGACAAAAUUAGAUAUAAAUGGAAUAGGAUUAUCGAUCUUCAUAAAAAAAUAUUGAAAUUCGCAAUAACUAUCAUGACUAAGAAAUAUAAUAUUAAUAUGAAUGACACAAUACCAGCAUACUUACUUGGAUCCUUACAAGGAACUGAUUGGAUUCCUAUAUCAAUUGAUAUAACACCUUAUCCAGAUCUUAUAUAUAGUAUUAAAAAAAAUCUUUGGAAAAGGAAACUUCUUGGGAAAUCGCUCUACAAAACUGCUUCUGCUAUGAGUGCACAAAUACUAAGUCAAGUGCCGCAAGCAGAAUUUUGGGAGAAAAGUCAUUUUAAUCAGCAGUGUCCAUCAAAAUUAAUUAAUUUUUGCAAAAAUGCUGUUUUGAGGGUAUCUACUUGCUUUGAGCCUACUAUAAGUAAUUAUCUUUCUGCUCACAAAAACGUAGGAAAAAUUGUAUUCAAUCAAUUAUCUGUCGAAGAUACGCCGAUACUUAACACGGCUAAUCGAUAUUCAGGUUUGGAGGAAAGUGUGUCAGAACUCUUUGGUAUUUUAGCUGCAAGUCCUGCUUGGUUAAAUUACACGCAUAUUAUCGAUGAUUCUAGCGAUAAUGAUCAAAAUUUAAUUACAUCUCUUAUGAUCACUGCAUUGAACACAUUACCACAAAUUGUUUAUUACAUAUCUGUAGACAUGUGGAGAAUUAAUGCUGUUAAAAAAAAUAUAACAAAUUCUGAGGAUUUAAUAUCAUCUUGGUGGGAAUAUAGAGAAGAAUAUGAAGGACUCGACUCUAAUGGAAUGAAUUUGCCUACAUUUUUAAAUGACGAUUAUAUUACAAGCAAUAAGCCUUAUCUGCCGAAAAUAAUUGGCACAAUGUUAGCAUUUCAAUUAUAUGAAUAUCUGAUGGAAUCCACGGAAGUUAGAUAUGAUUCGAUCGUGAGAAAACAUAUGAAUAUUGAUUUCUUAAAAAUGAUUCAGCAAGGAAGUGCCGAUGAUUGGAUGAAAGUAAUUGAUAAAUAUUUGGAAAUAGACGAAAUUUCACCAGACUCGUUACUCUCAUUUUUCUUACCGUUAGAAGAUUUCAUUGAUGAGUUGGAUGAUGAUUUCCAAUUCAAAGCAAUUACCGCCAAAGAGUCAGAAUUAGACAAAUUAGAAAAAGAAAUAAUUAUGGAAAUGAAUGUUCCGUUAACGACCACUAGCACUACAACUGCUACCCCGAAACAUGUGAACACAAAACCAAAAGUACCAGAUGCAAAGUCUUCAAACAAACAAAAUGACAAAAGAAGCGAUACGAAUACUGUGGCUAAUUCCAGUAAAAAUUUAGAAUCUAAAUCGUCUAUAUAUACACCAGAGAAGAAACCAGAAAAUCAUAAUCCAUUACAGUCAGUAACAACCGAAGUUCCUUUUGAUAAGUCAUUACUUGAUAUUCAGGACACAGAUAAGAAACCAAAGAUUAGUAGUAAUAAGGCAGUAUGGGCGGUGGGUGCGGUGUUGAUAGCAACAAUAAUCAUUUGUAUAAUUGCAAUAUUCGGAAGACAAAGAUGUCGCAAAGUACCAAAAAAUAGACGAUACGUUUAAUAGUAUCUAUUUACAUUGAAAAAAAAUCUCUACAUCACGUAUAUUUAUUUUCGCAUUUUAGUCUGUAAUAUUUUCUUUAAAGUAAGUUAUUGUUAUAAAUCGUUUCAUACAGGAAAACAUUUAUUAAUUCGUAAUAUCUAAUAUUGUACAUUCCUUACUGUUCGUUGCAAAAAAGAAACAGAAGCUACUCUCAGAACUGUAAUGUGAAUACUAGUCUCUUGAUACAAUUGAGCAGUACAUAUGAAAGAGCUUAAUAAAAAGGAAUGAUGAGUAUUAACAAGUAUAAGCGUAAAUAUUGUAUUCAAUUAAAUUCUCUAAUUUGAAAUUAUUUAAUUUUUAUUGUAUUAUGUAUAUAUGUAUACAAAUUUAAUAUGCAUUAGUAUUAAAAAUAGGAAAGGAAUGUAAUAUGCAUGCUAAGUACAAUAGUUCCUCGACCACUAUGCCAAAUUAUAAAAAACUAAAACGUUUACGAAACGUACAGAAUAAAAGAUGUUUCCCUUUUUUGUAUUCGUAGGAUAUGUACUUCAAUGGUAUCUGUAUCAAUGGUAUAUGUAUCAUAUUUUUCAAGAUAUGAUUUGUACAUAAUUACUCAUACAGAAUUGUAAGAUAAAAAGCAUAACGUGUCAUAACGUUAAUCAUGUCACAAAACCAGUGUAACAUAUUUUUCUAACAUAAUAAUAUCAUGUAUGAUAUUUAUACAUGUUUGUAUACAAUAUAAUCUUUAUAUUAAGAAUUUAUAUUUUUUAUAAAAGUAUUUAUUUUGUACCACAUAAAGCAAUCUAAUAAAGCAUUCUUCUGGUACAAAAUUAA